CGACGGGAGUCAGACGCUGGAGAUGAAUGAAGGUGCUGCGCGCUGGUUGAAGCAGUUUCUCUCGCUUUCCCCUGCCUCCAGUCCCGGUUCCGGCCCUGUGCGGUGUCCCUAUUCUACCCUCAGUGCAUCACCGACCCGGAUCAACAGUGGUAAUGACUGAAUGUACAAGUCUUCAGUUUGUCAGCCCUUUUGCCUUUGAGGCAAUGCAAAAAGUGGAUGUUGUUCGUCUGGCAUCUUUAAGUGACCCAGAAUUAAGACUUCUCCUGCCCUGCUUAGUGCGGAUGGCACUUUGUGCUCCUGCUGACCAGAGCCAAAGCUGGGCUCAGGAUAAAAAACUUAUCCUUCGCCUUCUCUCUGGAGUGGAAGCUGUCAACUCCAUUGUUGCAUUGCUGUCUGUCGACUUUCAUGCUUUAGAACAGGAUGCCAGCAAAGAACAGCAGCUUAGGCAUAAACUUGGAGGAGGCAGUGGAGAGAGCAUCCUGGUUUCACAGCUUCAGCAUGGACUGACAUUAGAGUUCGAACAUAGUGAUUCACCUCGUCGAUUGCGUCUUGUGCUUAGUGAACUGUUGGCAAUUAUGAAUAAGGUAUCUGAGUCCAAUGGAGAAUUUUUUUUCAAGUCUUCUGAACUCUUUGAAAGUCCUGUCUAUUUGGAGGAAGCUGCAGAUGUGCUUUGUAUUUUACAAGCAGAGCUCCCUUCCCUGCUUCCUAUAGUUGAUGUAGCUGAAGCCUUGUUACAUGUUAGAAAUGGUGCCUGGUUUUUAUGUCUAUUGGUGGCCAAUGUUCCUGAUAGUUUUAAUGAAGUUUGUAGGGGCCUGAUCAAGAAUGGAGAACGACAAGAUGAGGAAAGUCUUGGAGGAAGGCGUAGGACAGAUGCCUUACGCUUCUUAUGUAAAAUGAAUCCUUCCCAGGCCCUCAAGGUCCGAGGCAUGGUGGUGGAAGAAUGUCACUUGCCAGGCCUUGGAGUAGCUUUGACAUUAGAUCAUACUAAAAAUGAAGCGUCUGAAGAUGGAGUGAGUGAUUUGGUUUGUUUUGUUAGUGGUUUGCUUCUUGGAACAAAUGCGAAAGUCCGGACUUGGUUUGGAACUUUUAUCCGAAAUGGACAGCAGAGAAAAAGAGAGACCAGCAGUUCUGUCCUUUGGCAAAUGAGAAGGCAGCUUCUUCUGGAGUUGAUGGGCAUUCUCCCCACAGUAAGAAGUACCCGCAUUGUGGAAGAAGCUGAUGUGGAGUUGGAGCCCAAUGUGUCUGUGUAUUCGGGGCUGAAAGAAGAGCAUGUUGUGAAAGCCAGUGCACUCUUACGUCUGUACUGUGCUUUGAUGGGGAUCGCUGGACUCAAACCAACUGAGGAAGAAGCUGAACAGUUACUACAGUUGAUGACAAGCCGUCCUCCUGCUACACCAGCUGGGGUUCGCUUUGUUUCACUUUCCUUUUGUAUGCUACUGGCCUUUUCUACACUUGUCAGUACACCUGAGCAGGAGCAGCUAAUGGUGGUGUGGCUAAGCUGGAUGAUAAAAGAAGAAGCUUAUUUUGAGAGUACUUCAGGCGUGUCUGCUUCUUUUGGGGAGAUGCUAUUAUUGGUGGCUAUGUACUUUCAUAGCAACCAACUUAGUGCUAUCAUUGACUUGGUCUGUUCCACUUUGGGGAUGAAGAUAGUAAUUAAACCAAGCUCCUUGAGUAGAAUGAAGACUAUCUUCACACAGGAAAUUUUUACUGAGCAGGUUGUCACAGCUCAUGCAGUUCGGGUUCCUGUCACCAGCAACCUGAGUGCCAACAUUACUGGGUUUUUGCCUAUUCAUUGUAUUUACCAGCUUCUCAGGAGUCGUUCCUUUACCAAGCACAAAGUAUCAAUAAAAGACUGGAUUUAUAGACAGCUGUGUGAAACUUCCACUCCACUCCAUCCUCAGUUACUUCCUCUGAUUGAUGUGUACAUAAAUUCUAUACUUACUCCUGCAUCUAAAUCUAAUCCAGAAGCCACAAAUCAGCCAGUCACAGAGCAGGAGAUACUCAAUGUUUUCCAAGGAGUCAUUGGGGGUGACAACAUUCACCUUCAUCAGCGUUUCAGUAUCACAGCACAGCUUUUGGUACUCUACUAUGUACUGUCUUAUGAGGAAGCUCUCCUAGCAAACACUAAGACCUUAGCUGCCAUGCAAAGAAAGCCCAAAUCAUAUUCUUCUUCGUUGAUGGAUCAGAUUCCUAUCAAAUUCCUUAUUCGACAGGCUCAAGGGCUGCAGCAAGAGCUGGGAGGCUUGCAUUCUGCUUUACUGCGUCUCCUUGCAACCAACUACCCACAUUUAUGUAUUGUGGAUGACUGGAUCUGUGAAGAAGAAAUCACAGGGACUGAUGCUCUAUUAAGACGAAUGCUCCUGACUAAUAAUGCCAAAAACCACUCUCCUAAACAACUCCAAGAAGCAUUUUCAGCUGUCCCAGUAAGUUACACACAAGUGAUGCAGAUUCUGGAACACUUGACUCUACUCUCUGCCAGUGAACUUAUACCAUAUGCAGAAGUAUUAACAUCCAAUAUGAACCAGCUGUUGAACUCAGGGGUUCCAAGGAGAAUUCUUCAAACAGUCAAUAAACUGUGGAUGGUUCUUAAUACUGUGAUGCCUAGAAGGCUUUGGGUGAUGACAGUUAAUGCACUUCAACCUUCAAUAAAGUUUGUUCGACAACAAAAGUAUACUCAGAAUGACCUGAUGAUAGAUCCUCUCAUUGUCCUAAGAUGUGAUCAGAGGGUUCAUAGAUGCCCCCCAUUGAUGGAUAUCACUCUACACAUGUUGAAUGGAUAUCUUCUUGCUUCUAAAGCUUACCUUAAUGCUCAUCUGAAGGAAACAGCAGAGCAAGAUAGACCCUCCCAGAAUAAUACAAUAGGCUUAGUUGGACAAACUGAUGCCCCAGAAGUUACCAGAGAAGAAUUGAAAAAUGCAUUACUGGCUGCUCAGGAUAGUGCAGCUGUCCAGAUUCUCUUAGAGAUUUGCUUACCUACUGAAGAGGAGAAAGCAAAGGGUGUCAAUCCAGACAGCUUGCUAAGGAAUACUCAAGGUGUUAUUACUACCAGCACUCCCAAUAAGGGAAUGGAGGAAGGAGAAGACAAUUUUCUCUGUAACCUUCGAGAAGUUCAGUGCCUUAUCUGUUGUCUGUUGCACCAAAUGUACAUUGCGGAUCCCAACAUAGCUAAGCUUGUUCACUUUCAGGGUUAUCCAUGUGAACUUUUGCCUCUGACAGUCGCAGGUAUUCCAUCUAUGCACAUCUGUCUGGAUUUCAUACCUGAACUUAUUGCACAGCCAGAACUUGAAAAACAGAUAUUUGCUAUACAGUUACUUUCUCACUUGUGUAUCCAGUAUGCGUUACCAAAGUCACUCAGUGUGGCUCGCUUAGCUGUCAAUGUCAUGGGAACUUUGCUAACAGUUUUAACACAAGCUAAGCGGUAUGCAUUUUUCAUGCCAACUCUGCCAAGUUUGAUCUCUUUCUGUCGAGCAUUUCCUCCACUAUAUGAAGAUAUUAUGUCUUUGCUGAUCCAAAUAGGGCAAGUCUGUGCCUCUGAUGUUGCCACUCAGACCAGAGACAUUGAUCCAAUUAUUACACGUCUUCAACAAAUAAAGGAGAAGCCAAGUGGAUGGUCUGGAAUCUGUAAAGAUCCAUAUUUUAAAAAUGGAUCCAGGGACACUGGAAGCAUGGAUCCUGAUGUACAGCUCUGUCAUUGUAUUGAAAGCACAAUAAUUGAAAUAAUAAACAUGAGUGUUGGUGGAAUAUAAAAAAAAAAUUCAAGACAAAAAUGAAGCUGUUGGCCAACAUGAAUUGGCAUCGUAUAACAACUGUUAAACUGGAUGGGAGCAGUAUGUUUUGGAAUCACUAAAAUGACUCAAUUCAACGUGAAUACAGUUUAGAAUUCUGAGAAUUAUGCUUGCCUGUAUUUGAUUGAUAGUUCUUUGGAUCUAGCUUGCUGUUUAAACUGUAGCAACUGAGCAUUUUUUUUCCCAUAAGGAGCAUAUUUAAGAAACUCAUUCCUGGAAAGGGAAUCUGGCAUCAUGUUUAUUAGCUUCUGAAGUGAAGAAACACUGCCAUGCCUUUAAUUUAAUUUCUUACAAAAAUGAAUCCGUGGGGACCCUAGUGUUUAUUUUAACUUUCAGCUUGUAAUAGAGUGCUUCAAUGGUGUAAUGAUGGCAGGGAGAAAAAGGGAUCAAGGAGAGGGAGAAUUCAGGAAAAAUUAGGAGUUCAAUACCCCAAUAGAAGACUUGGAAGGCAAGUAAUAAUAAUACAAGAUUGAAUUCCAGUUCUUAAGUAGUAGUAUUAAGAAGACUUUAAAGAAGGCAAAUAGCUUUUGUAAAUGAUUUCCACGGGAUUACAGGUGAGGACUUAAAGAUUUUACAUAUUUGCUUCAAUUUUUACUAAUAUAUGAAGCCAUAUGUUUAAAGAAAUACUUGAAUAAUUUGAAAUUUUAAGAUACUGGUUUAAAAGUGUUUACAGAAACAUCUUUGUGCAGAGAAGAACCUGAAAGGAGGUCUCAUUCAGUUUUUUUUUUUUUUUAAGAGUUAUUUUUAUAAUGUUUUACUCAGUUAUCUAAUGCUCAGAGGGGGAAAAUACAUUGGUAUUUAAUUAAACAAAGUUUAAGGCAAUACAACCCACUGGAAUAGAACUCUUGGUUUUUCACCAGGAUUAUAAUUCAUAUCUUACUUUGAGAAGAUCGUUGAGUAAGAAAAUACAUAGUGUUUGAACCUCAGGAAAAAUUAAAAUGCAGAAAAUGUUGUCUUGAUGUAGGAUCUUGUGGUCUUCUGAUAACUUUUAUUGAUUAGCUAUUUUCAGGUAACUCAUAAUUCUUUUUUUUUUUUUUUUUUAAAUAUCCAGUGUAGGUUUUUCUUUGCCUUCUGAUUUAUAUAUACAUAAAUGACAUACUUUAUUUUCUUCCACUCAAAAAUAGACCUCUUCAGUUGUAAAAAGUCAGGCAGGUUAGUAAGAAAGUAUAGUUUUUAAGAAAAGAAGUUUAACAUCAACCUUUUCACUAGCAAAUAGUCACAUCUCAUUUUCCUCCUUUGUAAAAUGAGAUCAUUACUGGCCCUACCUCAUAAGGGUAUUAUGUAUAAAAACUAGUUUGUAGAUGUUUCAAAUCAUGAAGUGCAUAGUAUAAUACAUGAUAAAAUAUUUAUAACUUUUAUUAAGAUUCUUAAUGUUCAAUUAAGUAAUUUUGAUGGGAAAAAAUAAAAACAUACACUUAAAAAAUACCAUAAAAAUUUUCAUAUUUUAAAACAGGCAGUUUUAUAGUCCCUGAACAUGAAAUACAACUCCUCCUGUGUGUGUGUGUGUGUGGUUUUUUUUUUUUUUAAACUGAGGCCUUGGAAUAUUUUGUGUGAGUUGGUGUCCUCUAAUGGGAAAAAGUUGAAGUAUGUUUUCUAACUAAAUGUAGUGCACAUUCUGGAUCAAUUUUCAAAGACUGGUCAGAACCUGCUGUUUUACAAUAACAUAUGCUGUUUUUCAUCAGAUUUGUUGAUGUAAAUAAAAUAUGUAAAUAUAUUAGUAAAUGUUAAUAUUCAUGUAUUUUAAGUUAAGGUUAUAAAAUUUAUCACAAUGUGAAAUUUUUUAAAUCAAGUGAAAACAGAUGUG